AUGGUACACCUAGUGGCUGUACCAGAGACACUCACGGCAAGUGGCUGUGCUUGUGUCUUUAUUGAAACCAUCUUCCGACUUCAUGGGUUGCCCCGUGAACUCGUAUCAGACAGAGAUCCACGAUUCACUGCUGAUUUCUGGCGUUCCGUGUUCAAAUCACUCGGAACGCGCUUGAAGAUGUCGACAUCUGAUCAUCCAGAGUCAGAUGGUCAGACGGAACGUGCCAAUCGUGUCCUUGAAGAGAUACUUCGAGGAUACGUACACUCCUUUGACAGUUGGAGUGAGCUCUUGCCAAUGGUAGAGUUUGCCAUCAACAACUCGGUGCAUGCGUCCACGACACACACACCGUUUUACGUGAAUGGCUUGCGCCAUCCGCGUGUACCCACCUUACUAGAGUGUAACUCUGAGGUCAUUGCGUUUGAUGCCGAUAUCGAUAACAUCGGUAUCGAAGAAAAUGAUGCCAGUGAGAGUGCAGAAGCCCUCGAUGAAGAAGAUGAUGCCAGUGAGAGUGCGGAAGCCCUCACUGAAGAAAAGGUUGAUGUUGCUGCAGUGCACUCACAGCGCACUGAAGCUAACGAGUCAUCAGAUGAGUUCAUACUGGCUCGUGAAACGGUAGUCCGUUUUGUGCAAGACUCCACCGCCGAAGCGAUGGACAAGCAAAAGCAAAACGCUGACAAGAAUAGAAGGGCAAACACUCUUUCAUUUAAUAAAGGUGACUUAGUCCUACUGUCUACGGUUAAUCUACAAAAGCAUGUAGUGACAAACUUGGGUAGCAGUAAACUACUACCCAAGUACAUCGGCCCAUUUCGUGUAUUGCACCGCCUAGGCAAUGCAUACACGAUCGAGUUACCACGUAAGAUGCGAACGCAUCCCACGUUUUACUUUGGUCGGUUUAAGCCGUACCAUCAGUACGCUGCUUCUUCCGAUGAAGAACGCCCUUGCGCUCAAGCAUCUCGCAGAGAGCCUUGUGCUCCCGAUGGUGGGCAUCAACAAGGGUCUGAAGAGCAGCUAUCUCAUCCCGAGACCGAUCAACUAUCCCACGAGCUACCCUUAGCUCGUCACGAAGAGAUGUCAGAGAUCUCUCGUUCUCAAGCUGAGCAAAGGCAAACCCAGCUCGAUGCUUCAAGACAGUGUCCCCCAUUUGGAGACGCCUGUCCCGCUCAUGUUCGAGAUCGUUGCGUAACCCUUGCGUUACGCGAUCAAAGAAGCUCUCGGGAACACACGGAUCCCCAUGAUCGUGUGGAGAUCGUCUUUCCUCCUCCACCACCACCCUUAGAGGACUCUCGCGGUGGCCAGCGCUAUCUAGUUGAGCAGCUGUUGAACCACCGCGACGUGAACGGACGUCGGACGAGUUAUCUCGUCCGGUGGCGCGGCUAUCCCCCGUCCUGGGAUUCUUGGGAGCCCCGCUCCCAACUGAUGAUCGACGUACUGGGUCUGGUUGAGCAGUACGACGCGGCACAUCCUGUGCCGCAGAAGGACCGCCGGAGAAAGUCUUCCCGGCACGGUCGUAAAGGGAUUUCAGGUUGUCAAUCCCUUCUUACAUCUCAGUAG